UGAGAUACUAGAAGUAUUCUUUUCAUUUAUAAAAUUUGAAUUCUUGAAUGUGUACUUAAUUUUAAAAAAAUCAUUUUAUUAAAGACAUUUUACUUCAUACAUUGUCUUAUCCUAUUUUGUCUUUAUUUGUAUUUACAUGUUUUCUAGAGUCGAAAAUGUUAGUCGCAGCUUUUUUUUCUAUAUGAUUUGCGUAUUUUAAUCACAAGGCCACAUAAAUUGAUAAUUUUAUUAAAUUAAAUUUUCUCAAAAGUUCACCAUGACAAGCCAUAUAAAUCUUUUUCCCGCUUUAUUUUUUGUUUUCUCUUUCUUUCCCUACAUAGAACCAUCGUCUCCACGGCUCAAAUCAGGAUCUCGAGUAAUAUCUUUUAAUGGCGUCGUCGAUAAAUCAACGUGUAAUAGAUCCAGAAAUAUGGCAAGCUUGUGCAGGAAUUUUGAUCGAGAUACCAAAAGUGGAUUAUUUGGUUUACUACUUUCCGCAAGGACAUAUUGAACAUGCUUCUUCAAUCGUUACUGUUCAUCUUCUUCAAUUCGUUCUUAAAAUGAGUAAUUCUGGUUCAAACCUAAUUAAAAUCGAUCAGAAGAGUAUCGAGAAUGUUCUUUCGUUUAGCAAUGUUUUUAAACCUCCAUAUACGAGCAUGAUGUUUACUACUAAUUGGCCUGAAUUUGUUAGAAUAAAGAAGUUAAAAGCAGGAGAUACUAUUGUUUUGAAGCUGAAAGAAUCAACCAAUGAGCAUUUUAUUGGAAUUCGUAGGGAUGUAAAUUGGAGUACUAAAGCAGGGAGGAAUUCGGCUAAUGAAGUAGAAAUUGCGAUUGAGAAAGAAGCGAAUAAGGAGAGUUUGUAGGAAAAUUUAGAUGGUAAAAUAAUGAAUGGAUUUAUUUGGAAGGAAAGAUGAGUGAA